CUCUCAAUCCUUCAAGUUGUCUCUCUCAGCCGUCAAUCUCAACUGUUGAGAGUGAGAGUGAGAGAGAGAGAUAGAGAAUCAAUGGCGGGUCGAGUACAGUUGUCUAAACCAAACACCCUCUGGUUCUUAUCAUCAUCAUCAUCUCGACUAUAUUCACUCAAUUUCAGAGGACUCCACAACCACAAUAAUCUCAAUUUCAAGAAUCGACUCCAUUUUUGCCCCAACUUGGUCUCAUCUUCUCCCUCCAGAGGAGCUCUGUACUGCACUUGCAGAAGCACUAAUCUCUCUAAUGGCGAAGCAAUCUCAGACCCUUUCGUCCUCACAACUCCCCUUUAUUACGUCAAUGCCCCUCCCCACAUGGGCAGUGCCUACACCACCAUCGCCGCCGACGCAAUUGCCCGUUUUCAGAGGCUGCUGGGAAAGAAAGUUAUAUUCAUUACUGGCACAGAUGAGCACGGAGAGAAGAUUGCUACUGCUGCAGCUGCCUGUGGUUCCAGCCCAAGUGAACACUGUGAUGUCAUUUCACAAGCUUACAAGGCGCUAUGGGAAGAUUUAGACAUAGCUUAUGACAAGUUCAUUCGGACAACUGCUUCCAAGCAUGAAGUUAUUGUGAAGGAAUUUUACUCCAGAGUUCUUGCCAAUGGCGACAUUUACCGGGCAGAUUACGAGGGCCUUUAUUGCGUCAACUGUGAGGAGUACAAGGAUGAGAAAGAACUUCUGGAGAACAACUGUUGUCCCAUGCAUCUAAAGCCAUGUGUCCUAAGGAAAGAGGACAAUUACUUUUUUGCCCUUUCAAAGUAUCAAAAGAAGUUGGAAGAUACUUUAACACAAAACCCCGAUUUUGUGCAGCCUUCUUUUCGUUUAAAUGAGGUGCAAGGUUGGAUCAAAAGUGGCCUGAAAGAUUUUUCUAUUUCACGAACAUCAGUGGAUUGGGGCAUUACAGUUCCUAAUGACGUUAAGCAAACCAUUUAUGUUUGGUUUGAUGCUCUACUGGGUUAUAUAUCUGCACUUUCGGACGAGAAGGAACAAACUAAUUUACAAACUGCACUUUCUUCAGGUUGGCCUGCUUCACUACACUUGAUUGGAAAGGAUAUAUUGCGUUUUCAUGCAGUAUACUGGCCAGCUAUGUUAAUGUCAGCCGGACUAACACUUCCGAAGAUGGUGUUUGGCCAUGGAUUCUUAACAAAGGAUGGCAUGAAGAUGGGGAAGUCACUAGGGAAUACUCUCGAACCAAAUGAUUUGGUGCAAAGGUUUGGAUCUGAUGCAGUCAGGUACUUCUUCCUUAGGGAGGUGGAAUUUGGUAAUGAUGGGGACUACUCAGAGGACCGCUUCAUCAAUAUUGUCAAUGCACACCUUGCCAAUACGAUUGGAAAUCUUCUUAACCGGACACUUGGGCUUUUGAAAAAGAAUUGUCAAUCCACUUUGGCAGUUGAUUCAACUAUUGCAGCUGAAGGAAAUGCAUUCAAGGACACUGUGGAGAAGCUGGUUGAGAAGGCUCGGGUUCAGUAUGAAAAUCUCUCACUAUCAUCAGCCUGUGAGGCCGUGCUAGAGAUUGGCAAUGCCGGGAACUUGUACAUGGACGAACACGCACCGUGGUCUCUUUUUAAGCAAGGGGGUGCUGCUUCUGAAGCUGCUGCAAAGGACCUUGUGAUCAUUUUGGAAACAAUGAGGAUCAUAGCAAUUGCUUUAUCCCCUAUUGCACCAAGGUUAUGCUUCAGAAUAUAUACCCAGCUUGGCUACUCAGAGGACCAGUUCAAUGCUGUUACCUGGAGUGACACCAAAUGGGGUGGAUUGAAAGGUGGUCAGAUCAUGGCUCAACCGAAGCCUAUCUUCGCGAGGAUCGAAAUCCAGAAGGAAGGGGAAGAUGAGGUGAAAAAGAAAUAAAGUAAAGAGAAGGAAAGGAUACCUCAAAGUCAGAAUCUGGCACAGGCCUAGAAAAUCUGGUCUCAGCCAGAUAACAUAAUCCAUUUUGUUACAUUUUUUCUUCCUCUGUAUUUGGUUCCUUUUUCUGUUGUCAUAUUUUUUUUUUUUCUAUAGUCAACCAAUUUUAUGUUACAGACUUGAUAACAAUAACAAUUGAUGUUACAGUCUUUUUUUUGUUCUUUUCUUUUCUUUUCUUCAUAAAGUUCGGUUAAGAUAAAUGGUGUAUCUUGGGACUAAAUUGAUAUUUGUAGUUUGGAAGUUGAGGUUUCACAUUUACUGCUA